CCCUCCUAAUCUCCUCCUUAAGUCACAACCCUUUCGCCCACUGUCUUCCCCACACGUCCGCGGUUCGCCCGGCCCUGGAUCCCUCCCCCUUCCCUUCCCUUCCCUUGCCUCCCUCCCCACGCUACCGUCGUUACCUCUCCGUUACACCACCCGUCUCACGCCGUCACGUCAACUUCCGCCCCACAAAAGCACCGCGCGUUCCCCACUCCGCCCCCGGCCGCAUGUCCAACGCCGGCGACCCCGCCGGCGCCGCGGCAGCGGCGGCGGCCACCCCGUCCGGCCGCGCCCCGAGGCUGCCGCGGUGGACGCGGCAGGAGAUACUGGUGCUCAUCGAGGGCAAGCGCAUGGUGGAGGUCCGCGGGGGCGGGCGAGGCGGGAGGGGCCGCGUGGCGGCGGCUGCGGCUGCGGCGGCCGGGGAGGCGGCGGCGGCGCUGGAGCCCAAGUGGGCUGCGGUCGCCGAGUACUGCCGGCGUCACGGCGUCGAGAGGGGCCCCGUGCAGUGCCGCAAGCGGUGGAGCAACCUCGCCGGGGACUACAAGAAGAUCAAGGAGUGGGAGCGGGCGGCCGCCGCCGCGCGGGAGCCCUCGUUCUGGGCCAUGCGGAACGACGCGAGGCGGGAGCGCCGGCUCCCCGGGUUCUUCGACCGCGAGGUGUACGACAUACUCGAAGGCCGGGGCCGGGGGAUCGUCGCCGGGACCUCAGGCGGUAAUGCCGCGGGGGAGGAAGAGACGGCGGUGCGCGUGGACGAGGAAGAAGAGGAGGAGGAGGAAGAGAAAGGUAAGGAGAAGGAGGUGGGGGUAGCAGAGGAACCCGUGUUUGACAGUGGCCGCGCGGCCGGGGACGACACGCUGUUCUCGGAGGACGAAGAGGGGGAGCUGGAGGAGACGCCGGCGACGACGCAGGCAUCCCCGCCGGCGGUUGUCGCCUUGCCGAUAUCCGAGAAGUCGGAAGCAUCAAGGCAACAGAGCACUGAGCAAGGCACAUCAUCAAAAGACAAGCAACCAAGGCAGCAAGGCCAAGGCGCUGAAAGAGGAGCAUCACCGACGCAACAGCAGCAGCAGCAGCAGAGCGGGCAGAAGAGGCAGCGGACAGGGGACGGCGACAGCGAGGCCGGAGAAGAAGGCACGGCAGGAUUGCAGGGCAAGCUACUGGAGAUCCUCGACCGGAACAACCGGAUGGUGGCGGCGCAGCUGGAGGCGCAGAAUGUGAACUGGGAGCGCGACCGGGAGCAGAGGAGAGACCAGGCUGACAGCCUCGCCGUCGUGCUCGGCAGGCUCGCCGACGCCCUCGGCAGGAUCGCCGAUAAGCUCUAGCUAGCAGCGGCUGCAUAUGCCGCCAGCUACUUGGACAGAAAAUAUGGAUGUACAGAUUGGUAUAGGAGGAGGAUCACUGGCAUUUGAUUCUUUUUUUUCCCUACUGGUUCUAUAUAUAUAGGGACCUGAAUUGAGGUUUGGGGAUUGUUAUAUAUAUAGGGUGACGAGGUUAUAUAUAUAUAUAUCAUUCAGAUGAUCUAAAAUGCUGUUAAUAUUGAGUUUCUUGUGAA